UGAAGAUUUCUCCGAACCACAAACCAUGAAAAAAAAACAUGGAGAAGAUUGAACAGCUAACCACUUCAUUCCACUAUAAUCACAAAUCUUCUUUUCUCUUUCACCUUCAAAAAAAUCCUCUCUAAUGGCUGCUCCCCUGGUCGAAGGCGCAGCCGUCGCAGCUCUCCGAUCCGUAAUGUUUCGAGCUCGGCAGGCGGCUGAGCGCUCUGGUCGCAAUUUCGACCAGGUCCGCGUCGUCGCCGUCUCCAAGACAAAGCCUGUGUCUCUCAUUCGCCAAGUAUAUGAUGCCGGUCACCGUUGCUUUGGCGAGAACUAUGUUCAAGAGCUUAUCGAUAAAGCUCCUCAGCUUCCUCAAGAUAUUGAAUGGCAUUUCAUUGGGCAUUUGCAGAGCAACAAAGUUAAAUCGCUUCUUGCUGGAGUUCCUAACCUGGCUAUGGUUCAGGGUGUAGAUAAUGAGAAGCUUGCAAAUCACCUUGAUCGUGCAGUUUCAAACCUCGGAAGGGAUCCAUUGAAGGUUCUAGUUCAAGUAAACACCAGUGGCGAAAUAUCAAAAUCUGGUGUUGAACCUUCUGGAUGCGUCGAACUUGCAAAGCAUAUGAAGUUGCGUUGUUCACAUCUACAGUUUUCUGGCUUAAUGACAAUAGGGAUGCCAGAUUAUACUUCCACUCCAGAGAACUUUAAGACGCUACUGAAAUGUAGAGCCGAGGUCUGCAAGGCACUUGAAAUGGAAGAAGAGCAGUGUGAAUUGUCCAUGGGAAUGUCUAAUGAUUUCGAGUUGGCGAUCGAAAUGGGCAGCACCAAUGUGAGAAUUGGAUCCACAAUAUUUGGUCCGAGGGAAUACGCAAAGAAGCUAGCUGACUAGCAUGUACAGAGUUUCCAACCAUCUUACAUCUCAAAAUGUUAUUUAAACAUUUUUAAAAUAUUACAAAUAUAACAAAAUCUAUCAGUGAUGGACACGAUAUGAUCUAGAUUUUGAGAAUUAAA